CAUUUUCUCUUCAUCCACCAUAACCAAAAUCCCAACAAAGCUCAUUCAAGCUUUUUGUAUCAGCAAAAAAUGGCCAUUUUUCCUGUCAUCAACUUGGAGAAUAUCAAUGGAGAUGGUAGAGCUAAGAUCUUGGAGCAAAUUGAAGAUGCCUGCCAAAAUUGGGGAUUCUUUGAGCUGGUGAACCAUGGGAUCCCACAUGAGUUCUUGGACACUGUGGAGAAGAUGACAAAGGAUCAUUACAAGAAAUGUAUGGAACAGAGGUUUAAGGAGGCUGUGGCUAGCAAGGGGUUGGAGGCUGCUCAGGUUGAAGUUAAGGAUAUGGACUGGGAAAGCACGUUCUUCUUGCGCCAUCUCCCCGAGUCGAACAUCGCUGAGAUGUCGGAACUCGACGAGGAGUACAAGGAAAUUAUGAAGGAAUUUGCUAAGAAGAUUGAGAAUCUUUCAGAGGAGUUAUUGGAUCUUCUAUGUGAGAAUCUUGGGUUGGAAAAGGGGUAUUUGAAGAAGGUUUUCCAUGGAUCAAAAGGUCCUACAUUUGGGACAAAGGUGAGUAACUACCCGCCGUGUCCAAAGCCGGAUUUGAUCAAGGGUCUCCGAGCUCAUACCGACGCUGGUGGCAUCAUCCUCCUCUUCCAGGAUAACAAGGUCAGCGGCCUGCAACUCCUCAAAGACGGUAAUUGGAUCGAUGUGCCACCGAUGCGCCACGCCAUCGUUGUAAACCUUGGAGACCAACUUGAGGUGAUCACAAAUGGAAGAUACAAAAGUGUGAUGCAUAGAGUGAUGACUCAGACAAGCGGGGGUGGUCGAAUGUCGUUAGCUUCGUUUUACAAUCCGGGGAGCGACGCCGUGAUCUUCCCUGCGGCGUCGCUGAUAGAGAAAGAGGGUGAGGGUGAGGAGAAGAAGGAAGUGUAUCCCAAGUUUGUGUUUGAAGAUUACAUGAAGCUGUAUUUGGGAGUGAAGUUUGAGGCGAAGGAGCCAAGAUUUGAAGCCAUGAAAGCCAAUGCUAAUUUGGGUCCAAUGGCAACAGCAUAGAAGAAGAAAAGGAAAGAAAGAAAGACCCACUUUUUUAACAAUAAACAUUUAAAGGGGUUGUGGUUAUGUUGCCUUUUAAAGUGGGUUAAGUGAGUCACUCAAUCUCUAGUCUAUUGUUAUUAUUUUAAUCAAAAGUUAG